AUGUCGAAUCCCAUAAAGUUGUUCAGCAGUUCAGUGAGGUACUCAAUCUGGUUCUCAGCGGGCGCAAUCACAUGGGUGAUUCCUCUGACAGAUUGGUUUUUUUGGUCAAAGUACUUCACAAACAGCAUGACUUUAUCAGAUGCAUCAGAAACAGACUCGAACUUAGGAACGCUGUACUCUGAAGUGACAAUCUCGACAAUCUUUUUGAAUCUGUCCUCAAAUGGCUCCAAACUGUCCAAGUCGGAAGGAACUUUGUGUUUGGACUUGAGCUCAAAGAAUCCGUUGGACAGAUACUUCAACUCCUUGGCUGCUUCUUCAAGGUAUAAAAUCAGCUGGGAGCUCUGGUUUGUCUUCUUGCGUUUGGACGUAAGCGACUCCGUGUGCUUCACUAUUUGA